UAUGAUUGAUUAAAUUUUCACGCGUCCAAUUGGUAUUAAGUUACGUGAAAGUGCUUUUGUAAUUUUCUAAUUAGUGAUUACUUGAUUACGGUUUUUGAAAACCAUUUUUGCGGAUUGGCGUGAUGCUGAAGUAUAUAGGUGAUAGUGGAUAUGAGGUACGAAAUUACAUUCUGACACCAUUGAGUAACCCUAUAAACAGAGCACGAACACUGUACAAUGAGUCACUUAUUCGAACAAGAAACACAGUGGAAAGGUCAAUAGGGAUAUGGAAACGAAGAUUUCCUGUUCCGGCUCAUGGAUUGCGACUUAAAAUGGAAACAGUUCUAGCUAUCAUUCCUGCUACAGCAGUUUUGCACAACAUAGCUAGAGAUAUGCAUGAAUCUGAUACUCCACAGCCAUUUGACAUUGAUGAAGAAGAACUGGAUUACCUUAUCACUAUGGGUUAAAUGCAAGACGUCCAAGGUGUAGAAAAUGAGAGUUACCAAUACCAAAUGAUCAAUGGUUAUUUUUCAAACUUGUA